GGAUCCUCGGCUACCUUGGGCCUCACCAAGGUCAAGGAUGCCUGUGAGAAGAUCCAGAACUACGGCCAACAAAAGGACGAGUCUGGCACCCAUCCUGAACCGGAUAAAAGCAGGUCGCUAGCCAACAUCAAGAAGGCACUGGCCGAGGCGAAGAAUGAUUAUCACGAUGUCGUUAACGUUCUCAAGUCGUUUUAUGGCGAGGAGACAACCGCAUAA